UAGGGUACCCACAGCCACCGUUCUCUUCUCUGCGAGUCGGUUUUUCUUUGCCUCAGCUUCGUCAAGAUGGAGCAGAACAGAGUCUUCCAUUCUCUGAUUCCGAGUCUUUCAGCAGCUCAAUAAUGCAAACCACCACCACGGAUUGACGAAAAAUGGGUCAUGCGUCUCUGAUUUUGCUGCUGCUUAUCAAUUCACUGGUCCCUUUCUCUUCCGGUAAACCUGACAAAGUAUGCACUUCCCAAGGUGGUCGUUUCCCACCAUUCUCUUCUGAGGGAAAGCCUCCAAGACGGGUGAACAAGGGACCCAAAGAUCUGACCCUUUGCAGGGUGUUCCGCAAAAAAACUUGCUGUGAUGUAUCCCAGACACAUCCUGCACUGGUAUCCGUUAGGAAGUUGGCUUCAACAGGAGAAGCUAACCCAGAGUGCUUGCAAUUAUGGGAAUUACUGGAAUGUUCCAUCUGCGAUCCCCGCAUUGGUGUGCAGCCGGGACCUCCAGUUAUAUGUGCCUCUUUCUGUGACAGGGUCUUUAAGGCUUGUGCCGAGGCUUACUACUCUACGGAUGCAAUAACACAGGUUCUAGCACCAUGUGGAGUAAAUGAUUAUGUUUGUGGUAGGGCCUCUGAAUGGAUCGUUAAUGGCACAGAGUUC